GGUGAUUGCUUCUGAAACCGGCGGGUCUGUGCAGGGUUUUCUGGGCAGCCAGCUGGGGGUGGCCACGGGAGAAGCCUGCCCCCACCCUCGCCUUCGCCCCCUCUCCUCUGAAGCCGGGCUCCCAUACUAGUGGGAGGGAAAUGGGGAGCCCUAGACACAGUGAAGUCAGAUGGUGGAGAGGAUCGUGUCUCCUACUGGGGCCUCCGGGGCAGCUGCUAGGCAAGGAGGGUGAUAGUCCCCCUCCUGGGGGCGCUCCCUUCGCGCGGAUCUGGGGUUGGAAGAAGGAGGGGUACCGCUCCCCCAGGUGUUUCCUGGGACUGGGCUGCCCGCGGGCUGGAAAGGCCGGCCGCUCCCGGCGGGGGAGGGGCGCGAUCCGGGGGACCGGGCCCCCCGGCUGCGGGCUCCGGGUUCGGCGGCUGCCUGCGGCUCGGCACGGCGCUCCCGCCCGGCGGGCGCUGCAUUCUCCGAGUCUCCACCAGAGGCUGCGGGAGGAAGGAAGGGAGCCGUCCCUUGCACACUUCCCCCCUAGUCAGACACGCACACUCCCUCGCUCCCGCUCGCUCACUCCCUCGCUCUCUCGCUCACACACACACACGCGCGCACCCGCCGCCGCGGCUCCCUCUCUCGCGCCCGCUCUCCCUCCGGCUCCUCCGGGCAGCCGCCGGGCUCCGGACUCGUCCUCCCGCGCCGGCUCUCCCGCCCCACGCAGCGUCCCGAGGCGGCAGGGCUGGGGGGAGCCCCGGGCCGCUCCCCGAGACUCCUGGUCGGGUUGGGCCCUAGUUCUGCAAGGAUCCGCCAGGCCCCGGCCAGCUCCCGGUUGCACAAAGACCAUGGCACACACCGGACUCCGGAGCCACGGAGGCGCUGCCUGGUGAUCUGGCCGCGGCGCGAGGGGGAGCGGGCAGGGACCCGCGGGCCCUCCAUGCCGCGGCUGCGGCCGCGCCCCUCCCCCUCCAGCCCAGCCCCGCGGCGUUCAGGGCCCAGGGCCCGUGCGGGAGCCCCAUCGGGGGCGGGGGCAACGCCCCAGUGGCCGAGCUGAGCCGAGGCCACCAUGUGACGCAGCGGCGCUGACCCUCCGCGGUGCCUGCCGUCCACGCUCCUGGGCCCCGGCCCGCGCAGGCCAAGCAUGAGGCCAGGGCCUGCCGGUCGGGGGCUCUGGGUGGAAGCCACACUGUCGCCGGCGCUGCUGCUGCUUGGAUGCGUGUGGGCAGCAGGCACGCCUACACCGUCGGCACCUGGGGCCCGGCAGGACGGCGCCCUGGGGGCGGGCCGCGUGAAGCGAGGCUGGGUUUGGAACCAGUUCUUCGUGGUGGAGGAGUACACGGGCACCGAGCCCCUGUACGUGGGCAAGAUCCACUCGGACUCAGACGAGGGGGACGGGGCUAUCAAGUACACCAUCUCUGGUGAAGGUGCUGGGACCAUCUUCCUGAUCGAUGAGCUGACGGGGGACAUCCAUGCCAUGGAGCGCCUGGACCGGGAGCAGAAAACCUUCUACACGCUGCGGGCUCAGGCUCGGGACCGCGCCACUGACCGCCUGCUGGAGCCCGAGUCGGAGUUCAUCAUCAAGGUGCAGGACAUCAACGACAGCGAGCCCCGCUUCCUGCACGGCCCCUACAUCGGCAGCGUGGCCGAGCUCGCACCCACAGGUACAUCGGUGAUGCAGGUGAUGGCCUCGGAUGCCGAUGACCCCACGUAUGGCAGCAGCGCUCGGCUGGUGUACAGCGUGCUGGAUGGCGAGCACCACUUCACUGUGGACUCCAAGACCGGCGUGAUCCGGACGGCUGUGCCUGACCUUGACCGCGAGAGCCAGGAGCGCUAUGAGGUGGUGAUCCAGGCCACAGAUAUGGCGGGCCAGCUGGGUGGCCUUUCUGGCUCCACCACCGUCACCAUCGUGGUGACUGAUGUCAACGACAACCCACCCCGUUUCCCGCAGAAGAUGUACCAGUUCAGCAUUCAGGAGUCAGUCCCCAUUGGCACGGCCGUGGGACGAGUGAAGGCCGAGGACUCAGACGUGGGAGAGAACACAGACAUGACUUACCACCUCAAGGAUGAGAGCGGCAGCGGUGGCCAUGCGUUCAAGGUCACCACGGACAGCGACACUCAGGAGGCCAUCAUCGUAGUGCAGAAGCACCUGGACUUUGAGUCCCAGCCCGUGCACACUGUGGUCCUGGAGGCCCUCAACAAGUUCGUGGACCCCCGCUUCGCUGACCUGGGCACUUUCCGCGACCAGGCGAUCGUGCGCGUGACCGUGACCGACGUGGACGAGCCCCCCGAGUUCCAGCCGCCCUCCGGCCUCCUGGAGGUGCAGGAGGACGCGCAGGUGGGCUCCCUGGUCGGCGUGGUGACGGCGCGGGACCCCGACGCCGCCAACCGGCCCGUCCGGUACGCCAUUGACCGCGACUCGGAUUUGGACCAGAUCUUUGAUAUCAAUGCAGACACGGGCGCCAUCGUGACAGGCAAGGGGCUGGACCGCGAGACGGCUGGCUGGCACAACAUCACAGUGCUGGCCAUGGAGGCGGACAAUCAUGCCCAGCUCUCCCGGGCGUCCUUACGGAUCCGAAUCCUGGAUGUGAAUGACAAUCCCCCAGAGCUGGCCACACCCUACGAGGCAGCCGUGUGUGAGGACGCCAAGCCAGGCCAGCUCAUCCAGACCAUCAGUGUGGUGGACAGAGAUGAGCCUCAGGGGGGGCACCGCUUCUAUUUCCGCCUGGUGCCUGAAGCUCCUAGCAACCCUCAUUUCUCUCUGCUUGACAUCCAAGACAACACGGCCGCAGUGCACACGCAGCACAUGGGCUUCAACCGGCAGGAGCAGGAUGUGUUCUUCCUGCCCAUCCUGGUGGUGGACAGCGGGCCGCCCACGCUGAGCAGCACGGGCACGCUCACCAUCCGUAUCUGUGGCUGCGACAGCUCCGGCACCAUCCAGUCCUGCAACACCACGGCCUUCGUCAUGGCCGCCUCCCUCAGCCCCGGCGCCCUCAUCGCCCUCCUGGUCUGUGUCCUCAUCCUGGUCGUGCUGGUGCUGCUGAUUCUCACACUCAGGCGCCACCACAAGAGCCACCUGAGCUCCGACGAGGAUGAGGACAUGCGCGACAACGUCAUUAAAUACAACGACGAGGGCGGAGGCGAGCAGGACACCGAGGCCUACGACAUGUCGGCGCUGCGGGGCCUCUACGACUUCGGCGAGCUCAAGGGCGGCGAGGGGGGCGGCGGCGGCGGUGCGGGCGGGGGCGCGGGUAGCCCCCCGCAGGCCCGCCUGCCCUCGGAGCGCCACUCGCUCCCGCAGGGGCCGCCGAGCCCCGAGCCGGACUUCUCGGUGUUCAGGGACUUCAUCAGCCGCAAGGUGGCGCUGGCGGACGGGGACCUGUCGGUACCGCCCUACGACGCCUUCCAGACCUACGCCUUCGAGGGCGCGGACUCGCCGGCCGCCUCGCUCAGCUCGCUGCACAGCGGCUCGACGGGCUCCGAGCAGGACUUCGCCUAUCUCAGCAGCUGGGGCCCGCGCUUCCGGCCCCUGGCCGCCCUCUAUGCCGGCCACCGAGUGGACGACGAGGCCAAGGCCUCCUAGCCCCCCGCCCCCACCGUCCGGUGCUGCUCGCCCCACCCAGGACCCGACUGGACCCAAGGACAAAGCGUUUUCCCUGCUCACCCCCUUCCCCAACCCUCCCACCUCCCAGGGCGGCUGGACAGAAGGAGGGAUUUGUUGGGGUCGUCCUCCCCAACGACCCUCCACCGGGGGCAUGCAACAUUUGCCCAGAGAUGCGGAAAUCUGACCGAGGUCAUUAAAACUGCAGUGAGACCCGGGCACUGCGUGGCUCUGGGUUAGAAAGGGAGGUAGGGCAGCGUUGCUCCCUGGAGAAGGGGCGGGUCACUCACUCCUGCCUGGCCGAAAGCCCUGGAGGGAAGACUCUGCUGAGGUGUCCCCAGGCCUCCCCCAUCAGAGUUGAGAGGAAAGAAGGGCUCUUCAUUUACUAAGCGCCUACUGUGUGCUAGGACACUGCAAAGACCAUCUUAGUCAUCACAGAAUCCAUGAGGUGGGGCCCUGCAGGUAACAGAUGGACAAAGCUACCCAGAGAAGUGGCUGUGACCUGUCCAAGGACACCUGGUCAGUGAAGGGUGAAGCCUUUGGCACUUACCCUUUGCCUGGCCUUGGUCAGGUUCCUGCGUUUCUCUGGGCCUCAGUUUCCUUGUGUGUCAAUUGAGGCUAAUAACAGGACCUACCUCGAAGAAUUGUGAGGAUAAAAAGGGUUCAUAGUGUCACGUGGUUAGGACAGUGCCUGGCACAUAGUAGGUGUUCAAUAAAUGUUAGCCUUUGACACUGUUACUAUCUCUGUCAUUAUUAGAAGCCCAGGGUGUCUGCCUCCCAGGUCCAGCUCUCUCCUUGAUGCCAGUUAUCCUCCCCUUUUCCCAAAAUCUCCAAGGGAAGAAGAAAUGGUCCCAACUGUCAGUCCUGCUCCUGCCCUGAGUGGAGGAUAGGGACAUUCCCAGUGCCUGUGGAGCCCUCCGGAAUCUCAGGAACACUGAAAUAGGACACCUGGGAUGUGUGAGAGGACAAACUGGGAAGUUCCAGGACUUGGAUGAAG